GCAGCCUCAGUUUAGAAGGAAGCGUAAUGGCGAUAGGACGGUUCGAGGUGGUGCCGUUGAUAGAACUGAGUUGCUUCGUGAUCAUAGCGUCAGUGUUUGGUGCACAGGCCGAGCCAAAGAAUCCUGUGAGAGUACAGGCGUGUAGAAAUGGUGCAGGUGCGUGCGUGCCAUCUACCAACUGCAGUGUUCCCACAUUCCGGUUGCGUGAUGAUGGCUGUCCAUCGUAUCUGGUGUGCUGCCCGUUACCAACAAUUAUCCAGGUAAUGUCGAUUAAAAAUGCAUCACCGACUCGCCACGUCGAGUACGCCCUUAAGUUGCGAGCAGAUUUCGAUGACGAAACGGAAACCUAACGCGGAACGCCAUCAUUCUGUCCUCCGUUUUUAAGCUGGCCUGUGUUUCUGAUAUCGCGACCUUAGAGGGAAGCCAUCGUACCGAAGCGAAGGGCUAAGCUCCGCGGAAAAUCGCACCCCCACCGGAAAUGGACACGGAAGAUGAAUAAUGAUAAUGAAGAGGGAACACUUGGCUUAACGAGGGUGCAGAUGGGACGCGACUCUGAUGGUGGCCUGGCCAAGUUGCUGGUUUGGAAUCGAGAAAUGAAAAGUAGGUUAAGAAGACUCUUGACUCUUGGUUGUCGCGUUGGUUCGUUGGAGAAAGGAAAAAGGACUCGAGAGCAGGAUGAACAUUCCGUAGUGAUCGUGAUGAUUGAGGCGAAUCGAUUGAUUCAUGUGUCCUAGAUUCUUUGCCUUGGAGGUGGCUUUGCAUUACCAGAUGCACCGCAGCAUAGUAUUUGCAUCAAUUGUUGUCAUGGUAUCGGAUCCAGUGAACUAGAUUCAUCUCGUUGUACAAUAAAGCUCCAGUAAACAAUGUAACCUACAUGCUACA